AUGGAUAAAUCUAAAUUGCUACGUAUUCCUGGUUUGUUCGUGGGUCACACCUCUGGUUCUCUUUUUGAUACCCGUGAUGUUGGAGCUCAAGUAUCUCCAUUGUCCCGAAUCAAAAUUUCUAGAUUCAACUUAUUCUCUUAUCUUCUUUUCCAGCAAGCUUGGCUAGGCUUAAGGGAGAAAAAAAAAAGUACUGGUAAGACAUAUACUGUGGAAGGAACACCAGAAAAUAGAGGGGUAAACUACAGGACUUUGGAGGAGCUUCUUGAAGCUUAUAAUGAGACGAGAAGUAUCAUGACGUUUGAGCUGAAUGUUAGCAUGUUAGAGGUGUACAAUAGAAACAUAAAGGAUCUCCUUGUUGAGAACGUCAACCAAUCUGUUGUGAAGACCCCUGUCUUUGAUGGUUACCAUGUGUGCAUAUUAGCAUAUGGGCAAACAGGUACUGGUAAGACAUAUACUGUGGAAGGAACACCAGAAAAUAGAGGGCUAAACUACAGGACUUUGGAGGAGCUUCUUGAAGCUUAUAAUGAGACGAGAAGUAUCAUGACGUUUGAGCUGAAUGUUAGCAUGUUAGAGGUGUACAAUAGAAACAUAGAGGAUCUCCUUAUUGAGAACUUCAACCAAUCUGUUGUGAAGUAA